CUGCGGGAGGUCAAGCACAAGGAGCUGCGCCAGGACGUGGAGAUCCUCAGGCAGACCUUCGCGCGGGUGAUGGACUGCAAGGACAGCGCCAUCAAGUCGCUGGUCACAGAGCUGGAGGAGGCGGAGGAGCAGCACGCCCAGGCCCUGCGCAGCCACUUGUCCAACAUCGACCGCCUGCUGCAGCUCCAGCGCUGCCGCCUGACGUGCCUGGAGGAGGGGUUCAGUGCCCAGCUGGAGGCCCUGGAGACGGAGUUUGAGACUGAGAGGAGGACGAUCCUUGAGCAGCACGAGAGAGAAUGCCGCUUCCUGCGGGACGUGACGCUGUCCGCAGAGCAGAAUUAUGCCACGAGUGACCACGAGACCACGCUGAAAUUCCAAAGCACCUGGAAUGACAUCAAAAACAAGGGUCUGCAGGAGAAGCAGUACACCCGCAUACAGAUGAGCGGGAAGGCAGACGCGCUCUGGAAGAAGUUCAAGCAAGCCAUGCAGGGCUACAAAGAGGCCACUGAGCACCAGAAGAUCGCUUACAAGACGCUGAAGGAGAAGAACGUGAAGAGCUCCAGGGAGAUCAAGACGCAGACCAAGAAGCUGCAAAAGCUUCAGGACUCGGUGGCGGCCACCAAGGGCCGGAUCACGGCCCCCCGCCGGAAGCACGCGUGGGAGGAGAAGGAAAAGGCCCUCAGGCUGCUCCAGGAGCUGAAGAGCGAGAUGAACCAGGCCAGGGCGAAGGCCCAUGGCCGCCUGAUCGAGCUCAGUGUGCAGAGCGAUGCCACCCUGAAGGCGCUGGGGCAGGUGGUGGAGAAGGCCCUGCGCGUCCUGCGGCUGGCCGAGAUGUGCCGCAAGCUGGAGACGGAGGAGGAGAAGGUGCUGCCCUUCUACGCCUCCUCGCUGGCGGAGGAGGAGCAGCGAGAAUCCCAGCAAAUCCUCGAGGAGACGCCCACGGAGCCUCUGGCCCGG